GAAGGGUGAGUGUGGAGAGCUGGAGGUUGGGGAUCUAAUUACCGGGCCAUAAUUGGGGGCUGGGGAAUAGGUUGCCGUCCUCUCAACUCGCUGCAGAUCAAUUAUGUUAAGAGAACAUCUGUAAGUAGAGCUUAAUGAGGUCCAUUAGAGCAACAUGCGCUGCCUUCCCUAACGGUGCUUGUCAGCUUCUUGGAUGAGCUGGAGUGUGCUGCUGACUGGGGACCUGGUGGAGGGGCUUAAAUAGGAGAGGAGGCUCGACUCUCCGCCGCUUUUCCCCGCCAGAGAACCAGAGAGACACACGCAGACAGGCAGGGGGAGGGAGAAGGUGAGGAAGCAACAAGGGGGAGACGGAGACGCCGGGUCUGGGACGCGCAGCACCGCAGGGGGCGAACGGGAAGCCGAGUUUAAUAGUUUGAUCAAGACAUCCCAACAACUUGAGCAGAGAAAGCUGAAACUGUUCCCAAACUCGCCAAGUUUUUUUUUUUUUCUGUAGACAAUCUGGAGUUGAAGGAGCCGUGAGAAAGUUGCCGUGUGGACACUUUGAUCCAAAGUCAAGAGAAGACAAACAGAAGACGCAAACCAGCUGCAGCGUUUUGUAUUUUUUGGGCAUCCCUGGCUGUACUUCAAGGUAUACAAAUGCUCUCCGUCCAGCCGGACACCAAGCCAAAAGGCUGUGCCGGCUGCAACCGGAAGAUCAAGGACCGCUACCUGCUGAAGGCCCUCGACAAGUACUGGCACGAGGACUGCCUCAAGUGCGCCUGCUGUGACUGCAGGCUGGGCGAGGUGGGCUCCACGCUCUACACCAAAGCCAACCUCAUCCUGUGCCGGAGAGACUACCUACGGUUGUUUGGUGUAACAGGGAACUGCGCGGCCUGCAGCAAGCUCAUUCCAGCCUUCGAGAUGGUCAUGAGGGCCAAGGAGAACGUCUACCACCUGGACUGCUUCGCAUGCCAGCUCUGCAAUCAGAGGUUUUGUGUGGGAGACAAGUUUUUCCUGAAGAACAACAUGAUCCUGUGCCAGACAGACUACGAGGAGGGGCUGAUGAAGGAGGGCUACGCUCCCCAGGUCCGCUGACCCUCGUAGGCCAACACGGAGGGAGAGGAGGAGGAAGAGGAGGAGGAGUGGGAGAAAGAGAGAUACCGAAGGAGAGCUUGCAAUCACACAACAAAAAGCACUAUUGCCUCCUGUCCAUCUCCUGUCCCCCACAUGUACAUAACUAAGCAAGCCUCCCUGGGCGGGGACACGUUCUGCUGUACAAAAUAGCCAUAGAGACGCCAGUGUGGCAGGGGAAGGCCCUGGAAGCAACAACAAACUACGACUAUGAAAAAAAAUAGUUUGUCCAUUUCUUUGUUUGUGACUGACGGAUGCUGCCUCGUUCCUUCUGGCCAACAAACACCGGCUUCAGAGCAAUUUCUAACCAACAGGUGUUCCCGGUUGUUGGAAAAUAAAACAAAAAAAAAAAAA